UUCUCUCACAACUCUCCGAUUUCCCCACUCCCACAACCAAAAAAAAAAACCAACCAAACCAGAAACUCACCAUGGGCGCUAAGAAGAAGAGCGACGGCGGCGGAGACAACAAGAAGACCGGCGACGGCGCGGAGAAGAAGAAGGAGAACAACCCCAUCACUGUGGUCUUGAAGAUUGACAUGCACUGUGACGGCUGCACUUCCAAAAUCGUCAAAACCCUCAAAGCAUUUGAAGGUGUCGACUCGGUGAAGCCGGAGACAGGAGCCCACAAGCUGACUGUGGUCGGAAAAGUGGACCCAGCAAAGCUCCGGGAAAAGCUCGCCGGAAAGCUGAAGAAGCAGGUGGACCUCAUCUCGCCGCAGCCCAAGAAGGAGAAGGAGAAAGAGAAAGACGACAACAGCAACAAGAAGCAGCCUGAGAAAGCAGCAAAGGACGACAAAAAACCCAAAGAGCCUCCGGUGACGACGGCGGUUCUCAAGCUCAAUCUGCACUGCCAGGGUUGCAUUGAGAAGAUUCACAAGAUCGUCACCAAGACCAAAGGGUUCCAUGACAUGAGCAUUGACAAGGAGAAGGACUUGGUGACUGUGAAGGGGGCAAUGGACAUGAAAGCUGUGGCUGAGAGUCUCAAAGUGAGGCUCAAGAGGAAUGUGGAGAUUAUGCCACCCAAGAAGGAGAAAGGGGAGAAAGGCGAAGGCGGCGGGGACAAUGGUGGAGGUGGUAAGAAGAACAAGGGGGAAGGAGGAGAGGGCGGCAAUGCUGGUGGCGGGGGAGGUGGGACAUUGGACAAGAUGGAUUUUCCGGCGGGCCAACCCUGGUUUGGGCAGGUUCCUCCUUAUGGUCAUGUUUAUGGGUAUGAUUAUCCACCACCUCCUCUUCAUGCACCUCAGAUGUUCAGUGAUGAGAACCCAAAUGCUUGCUCAAUUAUGUGAAUGUGAUGAUGAACCAAUGAGCUAAGAUAUCAGAAGAGAACUGUAAAUAAGAGGUUAGGCAGAAAGAGUAGGACAUGGAGAUGGGUUUUGGGUAAUGGUUAAAUGGGGUUAGUCUUGUCCUGUGGGUUAAUCUAGAUACUAUUUUGUUCUGUUUCUAACUCUUUGUCAAUGCUUUUGAUCCAAGUUAAUGUUAUGAUGAUGGUUAAAUGUCAAUUUGGGCAUAGUCCCAUGUGGAUUUAUAUCUGAAAGCUUAGCAAAAUGUGUCUG